AUGGCCUGGCAGCCCACGGUGCCCUGGGUGCUGCUGCUCAGCCUGGUGACCAGCUGCCUGCCAAGGGACUUCACCGUGAAGGACAUUGUCUACCUCCACCCUUCCACCACGCCGUAUCCUCGUGGGUUUAAGUGCUUCACCUGCGAGAAGGCAGCGGACAACUACGAGUGCAACCGUUGGGCUCCGGAUGUCUACUGUCCACGAG